AUGGAGCAGCCAUGCGCCGGUGCUGCAGGGGUGUGGGAGGACCCGAGCACCCGCCGGUUUUGCUGCUGCCUUCCUCUUCCUGCUAUGGGUGCUGUGUUCUGGCUUUCCUGCACUUGCAAACCGAAACCGGUGACAGAUUCAACACACUGGCACGGUUUCCCCUCCCGCAACCCAGCACCCCGGCAAGCCUCGGUGCGGGCACCAGUCUGCGAUCCUGACCCAUCCCGUGUCAAGGACCUCCUUAACCAGGCGGGCAACCUGCGAGGACAGCACGGACCCGUGGAGAGCCGGGUGGUGUAUUUCACAGCCACCUUCCCCUACGUGGUGCUCACCAUCCUCUUCGUGCGCGGCAUCACGCUGGAGGGCGCCAUCACAGGCAUCACCUACUACCUGACGCCCCAGUGGGACCGCAUCCUCAAUGCCAAGGUGUGGGGCGAUGCAGCCUCGCAGAUCUUCUACUCCUUGGGCUGUGCCUGGGGUGGGCUCAUCACCAUGGCGUCCUACAACAAGUUCCACAACAACUGCUACCGAGGCUUUGUCAUCUUCUCCAUCCUUGGCUUCAUGGCCAACCACCUGGGCGUGGACGUCUCCAAUGUGGCUGACCACGGCCCCGGCCUGGCCUUUGUGGCGUACCCUGAGGCCCUCACCUUGCUGCCCAUCUCGCCCCUCUGGUCCAUUCUCUUCUUCUUCAUGCUCAUCCUCCUGGGCCUGGGUACUCAGUUCUGCCUGCUGGAGACACUGGUCACGGCCAUCGUGGAUGAGGUGGGCAACGAGUGGAUCAUCCGCAGGAAGACCUUUGUGACGCUCGGCGUGGCCGUGGCAGGCUUCCUGCUGGGCGUCCCACUCACCACACAGGCGGGGAUCUACUGGCUCCUGCUGAUGGACAAUUACGCUGCCAGCUUCUCCCUGGUCAUCAUCUCCUGCAUCAUGUGUGUGGCCAUCAUGUACAUCUACGGGCACCGCAACUACUUCAAGGACAUUGAGAUGAUGUUGGGCUUCCCACCCCCGAUCUUCUUCCAGAUCUGCUGGCGUUUCAUCUCACCUGCCAUCAUCUUUUUCAUCCUGGUCUUCACAGUGAUCCAGUACCGGCCCAUCUCCUACAACGACUACGUCUACCCUACCUGGGCCAUCAGCAUCGGUUUCCUCAUGGCGCUCUCCUCCGUGAUCUGCAUCCCCAUCUACGCCAUCUACAAAGUGUGCCGCUCCGAGGGAGACACACUGAUGGAGCGUUUGAAAAAUGCCACCAAGGCAAGCAAGGACUGGGGCCCGGCGCUGGCAGAGCACCGCAGCGGGCGCUACGCCCCGGCAUUCAGCCCCUCCACCGAGUGCCACCUGGAGGUGCAGCCUCUGCACCCAGAGAAGGCCCGGAGCGAGGCUGGAUAUGCUCCGCUAUCCCCAUACAUAUAG